CGCGCCGAUGCGCGGCGCUGAGGGCGGCGGGAUGGCGCUGUGGCGGGGGCUGCGCUGCUGCCGCCGCGCCUUCGCCUGGCUGCCCGUGCUGCUCAUCGCGCUGCUCCUGCUCUGGUCCUACUACGGAUAUGUCUGCGAGCUCUGCCUCGUGACUGUGAGCAACCCUGUGGAGAAAGUGGCCUAUCUUGUAGUAUUCCAUAUUCUCUUUGUGCUCUUUGUGUGGACAUAUUGGAAGUCUGUUUUCACUCUCCCAAUACAACCAGGCAAAAAGUAUUCUGGCUCUCCAGCACUCACUUCCUCCCUUUGUCUUCUUAACAACCACAUUUCCCCACUGCAUGAAUCUCAGGAGCAGGAGUUCCACAUGUCCUACGCUGACCAGGAGCGCUACGAGAACGAGGAGAGGCCCGAGGUGCAGCGGCAGAUCCUCGCCGAGAUCGCCAGGAAGCUGCCGGUGUACACGAGGACAGGGAACGGAGGGAUUCGGUUCUGUGACAGAUGCCAGCUGAUCAAACCUGACCGUUGUCACCAUUGCUCUGUUUGUGCCAUGUGUGUGCUAAAAAUGGAUCAUCACUGUCCAUGGGUGAAUAACUGCAUUGGAUUUUCUAACUACAAAUUCUUUCUACUGUUCUUAGCCUAUUCUUUGUUGUAUUGCUUGUAUAUUGCUGCAACAGUCUUCAAGUAUUUCAUUAAGUAUUGGACAGGUGAGCUGACCAAUGGACGUUCCAAAUUUCACAUCCUUUUCCUUCUCUUUGUGGCGAUCAUGUUCUUUGUGAGCCUCAUGUUUCUGUUUGGCUACCACUGCUGGCUGGUCAGCAGGAACAGAUCCACUCUAGAGGCUUUCUCAGCUCCAGUGUUUCAAAAUGGCCCAGAUAAAAAUGGAUUCAAUCUUGGCUUUGUGAAGAAUCUCCAGCAAGUGUUUGGGGAAGAAAAAAAGCUCUGGUUGCUGCCUAUUGCCUCUAGCCUGGGGGAUGGACAAUUUUUCCCAAUGAGAACCUUGAGUGAAGCUCGGAACCCUCUCCUGACAAACGAGGAGCAGUGGGAAGAGGAUGGAAUAGAUGAAGAGCCUCAGGGUUCUGGUGAAGCUUCAUCCCUUGCCAUAGAAAGGGAGACAUAGCAGUGUGAAAACUCAGUGGUGGAAAGCUGGAUCAAAGCUUCCCUCUCAGGAGCCAACAUCCCUUCUCUUGGCAAGGACUUCAGUUUUGAGGGGCAGAAAACAGGUGGAUCUUCAAGAUGAGAAAACAUCCUGAAGUAUUGUCUGAUGGGAAUCUGCAUUCCAGAGUGCUUCUCCAGGAAUCCUGCUGUCCAGAUGUCCCAAGGCUUUAGAAAUUUAAGUUACGGAGUUAACAGAACAAUUUUACAGAGUGAUUCUGGCCAAUCUUCUUUGGCCUGCUCUCUUUAUUUUAUAAAUACUAUAUAUUUUUUAUUCAAAAUAGGUGAAAGUGUUGAUGCGAGUGCGUUUCCGAAGGCCUUUUCAUUUUGCAAACAUCAGGGACUCGAGCUCUUGAAAUUCUUCCAAGCCAUAAUAUUCUUGGGGAUGGUUAUUUAUUUUGAGGCUGAUUCUCCAACCUUCUCUGACAAGUGGCAUUUUCUAAUGUAUUUAAAUUCUGAGUGAGUUCAGCUCAAUGCAAGACAGACCCAGCUAAAUCUGGCACUAAAUUGGUAGCUGAAUGUAAGAGUGUUGAAAGCAAAAGUGCUGAACAUGCACAUGUACAUGUGCAGCUGUGAGUGAAAAUAAAAUAUUCACAUUGCCAGUAUCAAGAUUCAAGAAUAUUGUGGCCAUAGAUUUUUUUAAAUGUUUUUAGGGGGGGGUGUUAUUUUCCUUGAGUUUGGGUUAUAGUGCUCUUGCAUCCUUCUUGCGGGCUUGUAAAAUGCAAAAGGGAACUUCAGACAGUCCAGUUUGCAUUAAUUCCUAGGGUUAAAAUAUCAUCUCAUUCCUAGCUCAGUGUUUGAUGGAGAUUUGUGUGUUUGUGGAGUCAGAAAGGAAGAUGUGAAUUUGAAACGUGCACUGAAAGUUUGGCUCCAGGAGUUGUGUUUGGAGUUUACACUCCGCUGGGGUGGCUUGAACCCCAAAAUGCUGAAGACACAAUUGGUAUGUUGAAUUUUUUCAGACUUCUUCCCAGCUCAGUGCACUGACUGGCUUCAGGGGUUUCUGCACUAAGAGGUGAUCAGAUUUGUUUCUGCAUUUUGCUGCAUUUACAGUCAAAGAGGUGUAUCCCUGUUUUUGUUCUGGGGAAUGGAACUGAGACUUGGCUGGCUGCAUUAUGGAUAUUUUUCUAGACCUGAGUCCUUUUUUUUAAUCUGCAUGAUUCAGCCCAUCAUUCUUGUUUGAAUUAGGUGCAUGAUAAAAGUAUUGGUGUACUGCCUCUACGAUCAUUUAGUACCAUUUUCUAUCCCAUUUUUGUGUUUGUUUAUCAGCCCACUGGUGCUGGCAGUGACUACAGGAGCAGCUGUGCAUGGCAGGAGAAAGGAGCUGAUGAGUGAGUUUGGUGAUGGAGGCUUUGCCUACAGACUGAACCCCUUUUUCCUCUGUUCCUCUGCUGCUGCUGCUGCCACAGGGAAUGUGUUUGUGAGCCAGGGGAGCCUUGCAGA